CUGGUGGCCUACAGCGAUCAGCGUGGCCGAAAGAUCACUAUUAUUUUGCCCCUCAUUGGGUCUCUGGUCUACACGCUUUCAUUCCUGGCGGUCUCCUUCUUCGAGCUCAACCUCUACCUCCUCAUUGCCGCCAGCUUCGUAAGUGCCCUCUUUGGGGGUAUCGGCACCAUGCUAGGUGGCUGCUUCUCCUAUGUGGCCGAUUUGUGCGAGGACAGCAAGCAGAAAACUCUUCGCAUGGCUGUAGUGGACAUGAUGAUUGGCUUGUUGGCCGGUGUGGCAUCAAUCUCCACUGGCUACUUCCUGCAUGCGGUCGGGUUCAACUGGCCUUUCUUCACGUCUGCCAUAUUUCAGGUGGUUAACUUGCUAUAUGCCAUCUUCAUUCUGGAAGAAACCAGGGUGAUUGACCGGUCAGAGACUGUGGCUUGUUGUCAGGCCAUGCAGAAACUUGUAUGUGGUAUCUACAACUUGUUUGCAGGAGGCAGUAGUCAAAGAAAAUGGAUUCUUGUGCUGUUGAUUGUCACUUUCUCCUCCUUAUCUUUUGUCAAUACGGGGGGUCUGUCCAUGAUCACACUUUACGAACUCAAUGAGCCGCUGUGCUGGAGCGAGAUCCUCCUUGGCUAUGGCGCCGCGGCCAGCACCUCCAUCUUUAUCACU